AUGUUACAGCUGUUUUUCACGAUAGCCUUCUCGGCGGCGCCGUUAACGCUGUAUAUACCGCCGAUAAGAUGUUUGACGGUGUUCGUUGAGACGAUGGAGGAGAUGGGAAUGGAAGGUAGGGUUUAUAGCCGGAGAGUCUUCCCUCGUGCAAGAAUUGCUUGGUCUAGGCUUCUUGAUUGCUUACUCUCCUCUUCUCCUCGCCGUCCUUGAUUUAAUUGUUCCUCCUCGUCUCUUUCUUUGUACAUAUAUAUUAUUUAUAUCUAUGUCAUAUUUCCUGAUGUUUUCGAUUUUGAGAUAAUUCAAGAUGAUGAUAGAGUUUUUUAGUUUCGUGUUCUUGAUAUAUUUUAAUAAUUAGAGACGGAUCUGAAUCCUCUCUUUUUGGUUCUC